UUUGAUAAGUUUUCAAUUUUUCUCUUCUACCUUAUCUUAUUCCUUUGAAUUUUCUAUCGUGGAAAAUGUCUCUCAACCCAAAUUAUCUAAAACAAAAUGAACUCGCUUAUGAGAUUGCGAUUCGAGGUAUUGAGAUCCCGUCAUCAGUGGAUGACAAACGUAAAAUUUUGAGAGGUUUACUUUCACAAGAAUCCUCAGAUCGUAGUUUCACUGUCUUGUCUGAUCCUUUUUCCUUCAAAGAAAAUGUUGAAGGCAUUAAAGAGAGUUUAACAGAUUUGAAGGAGAUUUGCGCUAAGUUCAAUUCAAAUUCUCCUCAAAUUGAUCACAAACGUAUACUCACUCGUUUAACUCAUGUAACUGGUAGAAUUCAACGGCUAUCGGUUGAUAAAGAUGAUGAAUCUGCUAUCAGACAGAAUCUUUAUAAAGAAGUCCUUAUGUUGGAGUCUGAUAUAGCAGAAAAGGUGUCCCCUUCUGAAGCUCAUUUUCCUUCUACCUCAACACCUGUGAAGUCUGCAGGUUUGCAUCAUCCUCUGUCUCCUGUCAACGCUCCAACUAAUUCUAAAUGUAUACCUGUUUAUAAGUGGGAUUUAAAAAAGUUUUCGGGAAAGGAACCAUUAAUUCCAUUCUUGGAGUUGGUUGAGUCCCUUAAGGUUUCUAGAGGUUGUACAGAUUCGGACCUAUUCGACUCUGCUGGGGAUUUGUUUGAAAAUGAUGCGUGGACUUGGUGGCAUAACAACCACAUCAAGAAUCGUUUCCUGAACUGGAACGAACUCGUUGAUGCCCUGAAAUCCACAUUCUUGCAUAGUAAUUAUGACUCAAUGUUAUUGCAGGAUAUCAAAUCUCGUAAGCAGAAUUCUCGAGAGUCAGUUGCGCUGUAUAUCACUUUUAUGGAGGCACAAUUUUAUAGAUUAAAUAAAUGUCCUUCAGAGAUUGAAAUGGUUAAUAUUAUAAGGAAUAAUUUACUUCCUGACUAUGUAAAAGCCCUUGUUUUACAGGAUAUUGCAUCAGUAUCUCAGCUGACAUCUCUUUGUAGGAGAGUUGAGGAUGCUCUCUGUUUAAGCGUUUCAAAUCAGUUGAGAGAGCUCCAGGUGUCUGAAACUCGAUCUAAUGUCAGAUGUUGGAACUGUGGUGAGGAAAACCAUCGUUACAACGAAUGUAGGAAGUUGAGAACGCGCUUCUGCUUUGGUUGCGGUCAGAGGAACGUUAUCAAGUCCAACUGUCCUCGGUGUUCAAAAAACGAACAGAGGGUCCACAAUCCCGCAGGUAUUGGAGGCCCCUCAAGUCAAAAACCUGCUCCAAAACCGAAACAGAAAUCGAAUCAGAAGAAGAAUUAAUUUCUUCGUCACCCAUAGUUAUGGAGAACUCCGAUUUAUCUGUUCCUGAAGCGGUAAGAAAGGUUAAAAAGAACCAUAGUGUCUUGAGAGAGACCAAUCCCUUAUUAGAACUUCGUCAGAAGGACAAUCGUCCUUAUCUAACAGUUCAGGUAGGAGGUGAGCUUAUAUCUUCCUUGGUGGAUAGUGGUAGCAACGUCACAAUUUUAGGUUCUUCUUCUGUUCACCUUUUACGGAAGAUGAAUCUAGGCCUCCACUACGACGUAUCGGUUAACCUUACAACGGCCGAUGGAAAGCCUCAGAAUACUUUGGGGUAUGUCAACCUUCCCAUAAGUUUGAACGAGGUGACCAAGAGAUUUUUCCUAUGGUUCCUCUUGUUUAUCUUCGGAUAACUCUGUAGCUGUGGUUCGAGCUAUACUCGGAUCUGAUUCAUUGA